AUGAAGCUUGAAUUCGCAGUCCAAUCUUCAAAAUUCAAAUACUCGUUGGCAACGUCAGAUGAACAUCCAAGGCAGUUUCUUAGUAUGCCAGAAGAAGCCCAGCAGAUGGGAACAGAAUAUUAUGAUGGGAAAACAAAGAGAUAUGUUGAUUUUACAAUAUCAAUCACAGAUAUAUUGCAAAUGAUGGUUUUGGUCACACAUGACUACAUAGAAUAA